AUGGGAGACGCCAACCUUCGAGAGCGGAAGCAAGCAUUUGCCUCCGAUCAGGUUACUGAUAAGGACGAAAAGCUUGUCCAUGACAAAAAGACCGAACCACGCUUGAAACAUGGAAUUCCGAUGCAGGUCUUGCGAUCUCUUCUUCUCGCGACAUGGUUCGAUUGUUGUUGCGUCAUCAUUCUCGCUACUCAGUUGGUGGGCGCUCCGCUAUACCUCAUAAGCAAAGAAUAUUACUACGCCUAUAUGGCAUUUACCAAAGAGUGUUUCGGUCUGGUUAUCACUGCACUCACACAGUGGGGUUGUCCGACUUUCGUUCGAGUCAGUGGUGACAAGAGCGUGCUGGGCCAGAUUCAACUGACGGCGGAUGGACGAUUGAGUACCCAAUUCCCAGAGCGUCUGGUGAUGAUCUCCAACCACCAGGUCUACACAGACUGGAUUUAUCUUUGGUGGAUUGCGUAUACGAAUCAGAUGCACGGUCACAUCUUUAUCAUUCUUAAGGAAUCUCUGAAGUACAUUCCAAUUCUGGGCCAGGGCAUGACGUUCUAUGGCUUCAUCUUCAUGGCUCGCAAAUGGCUCUCGGACAAGCCGAGACUACAGCAUCGUCUGGAGAAGCUCAAGACUCGGCAUUUGGGCUCUAAAUCAGGCUCUCCGCAAUUCGACCCAAUGUGGCUUUUGAUCUUCCCCGAAGGAACAAACCUGUCUAUCAAUACAAAGCGACGCAGCGACGAAUACGGACACAAGCAAGGGGUUCCUCCACUGAAACACGAACUUCUUCCUCGGUCGACGGGUCUCUUCUUCUGCCUGCAACAACUGAGAGGAACCGUUGAUUGGGUGUAUGACUGCACUGUUGCCUACGAGGGGCCUCCAAAGGGUAGCUAUCCUGACAAGUAUUUCACUCUUCGAUCAACCUAUCUCCAAGGACGGCCACCGACUUCCGUCAACAUGCAUUGGAGACGGUUUGCCGUGGCAGAUAUUCCCUUGGACGACCAAAAAGAAUUCGAUGCCUGGCUCCGCGCGCGAUGGACCGAGAAGGACCAACUCCUAGACGAAUGUUUUGAAACAGGGAGAUUUCCCACCGAAUUGGCCGGCUCUAUUGAUUCAGCUCAUGUGUCCGAGGCACAACAGACUGCCGCUUCCGCGGGAUAUGUUGAGUCACACGUUCGACUCUCGCAUUGGAGUGAGAUUGGUCGGAUCUUCAUGGUCCUGGUCAGCGUUGCACUUGUGUGCAAAUUGCUUACAGUUUUGGGGUUCUGGAAAUAA